AUGAUCCACGGGUCACCAACCGCCCAUCUCCCCCUGGCACCCGACUCCUUCAUAUCCCUUCUGAUACCAAGGAUCUCAGUCAAAAAUGGACAGAAGCAUCGAUCGUCGUCACUGCGGACACUGUCAUCAGUCGAUUGGAAGCGAGGCGUUGGUCGCAAUGAAUCGUCUCUGGCAUCCGGAACAUUUCACCUGUGCAUCGCCGCUGACAACCACGCCUACUGUGUCCAAUGCUUUGCUCAAAAGUACAAUCCAAAAUGUGCCGGUUGUCAAGAGACUCUUGUUGACACGUGUCUUCUGGCUCUCGACCGUCACUGGCAUCCGAGAUGCUUCACUUGCUCAUCGUGCAAUCGUCCACUUCCAAACGGCGAAUUCUAUUUGGUCGACGAUAAACCAUACGAUUUGGACUGUCACUGGGCGAAACGUCUCGAGAAGAGAGAGCAUAUGGAAAGAGGAGAGCGUUAG